AUGACACCUUUGAAAUAUUCUGGAUCAAAGAAUAAACUUGACCCUAAGUUAACACGGAUGCUGGGUGAUGCCACGCUUCACUAUGCAUGUGGCCGUUAUGACCAGGCUAAAGCUGUGUUGCAUGAAGUUAUUAGGCUGGCACCAAAAUUGCAUGAGUCGUAUCGCAUCCUUGGACUUGUCUAUACUUCACUCCAGGAUUAUGAAAGAGCUAUGGCUUUUUACUUGAUCGCUGCUCAUUUGAAUCCAAAAGAUUAUGCUGUAAGAAAUAGUUUAGUUACCGAGUUGAGAAUCUUUUUCAAAUGCAGAGAACAAGGUUAUGUUGAUCAAGCCGGUUAUUGUCUUAUGAAAGCAAUAAAAGCAGAUCCCAAAGAUGUUACUUUUAGAGGUCAUCUUGCAAGGCUUUUUGCUGAACUUGGACAUUAUCAAAGAGCUGCACUGAAAGCAGCAGCUAAAUUCUACAAAAAAUGUGGUCAAGUUGAAUACUCUGUUCGUAUUCUUGAAGACUAUAUGAAGAGUCAACCUGAUGGAGCAAAUGCAAGUGUAGUUGAUCUGCUGGGUACCAUAUUGAUGGAAACUAAGGCACAUGAUAGAGCUCUGCAGCAUAUUGAGCAGGCUCAAGCAGUAAAUGCGAGGAAAGAAUUGCCUUUGAAUUUGAAAAUUAAGGCCGGAAUUUGCCAUGCUCAUCUUGGAAACAUGGAGAUGGCUCAGGUUCUCUUUAAUGAUUUGAAACCAGAGAAAGCAAGCAAGCAUGUUGACUUGGUUACUGAGGCUGCAGACUCAUUAGUGGGUCUUGAACAUUAUAAUCCUGCAUUGAAUUAUUAUUUGAUGUUGGAAGGAAAUAUUGAAAAAGAAAAUGUACGGAUUUUCUAUGUCUGA